AUGGAGAGGAGGGCAAAGGACGUAGAGUCUCUACUCGCGACAUCAACUGGCCAAAAUGCUUUGGACUAUGCCAUACAAGCGGCCGAGCUGUACAUGCGAGCAGCUGCAGAGAAGGGAAUCGGUAGAGAGGAAGCUUCCCGACGUCGCCGCAAAUGCAAACAGCUCGUCGCGCUCGCCGAACGGCUCAAGAGCCAGCUGAAAACGCCGUCGGCAUCGCCACAUGCGGAUGGCUUCGAUAUUCUGCAAGGCGCUUCACGGCUUCACGGAAGCUACUAUCCCCCCUGGGGUGAAGACCCCUCGGACGCACAAUUCCAGCUUGGAGAUGACCUGAAGCCAUUUAUUGAUGACACCGUAUUCCCGCUUUCCGAAACCCAAAUAGCAAACUUCUCAGCUUGGCGAAGACCACACGAGCUAUUCGGCCCCUUCUCUGCCGGGCAAGAUGGCAUUCUCAUGACCCAAGGCACGCGCUUCGACUUGGCGCAAGAUAUAACUACUGACUGUUCGGUCGUCGCUAGUCUUUCUGCUGCCGCGAGGAUUUGGACUGGAAAACACGCAGUUCUUUCCAAGAUUAUGCACCCAUUCGAUCACGGAAGAGGCCAGCCCAAGCUCUCUCCUUCGGGGAAAUACAUAUUUCGGCUAAAUUUCAACGGCUGUGCUCGUCGAGUCGUCAUAGAUGACAGAUUGCCAUCUUCAGGAACAGAUCGAGCCCUGUUUGUCAUCAAUCGACAUAAUCCUCGGUUGAUAUGGCCGGCUUUGCUUGAAAAGGCCUACCUGAAAGUACGAGGUGGCUAUGAUUUCCCCGGCAGCAAUUCAGGGACUGAUCUUUGGGUCCUCACUGGAUGGAUACCCGAACAAUUAUUCCUCCAGAGGGAGGAUUUUGACAUAGAUGAGGCAUGGAAUCGGGUCAAGACAGCCUACGACAUGGGCGACGUUGUCAUUACGCUGGGUACAGGCCACGUCUCUACAGAAGAAGAAGAUAUCAUGGGCCUCGUAGGGGAGCAUGAUUAUGCUGUGCAGGAUCUUGACUCAUCGAACCGCAAAUUCCUAGUGAAGAAUCCUUGGUCACACGGUCAGACAUGGACAGGAAAAGGGUGGUCCGCCAUCCAUGGCUCCGUAGGGACCAAGUUUGACUCUUCAUCGUCUGAGGCUAGCGAUGAGGAUGCUGAUCCGCCCUCGGCGGGCACCCUCUGGCUGGCUAUUGAGGAUAUAGCGCAGCAUUUCGAGUCCAUGUACCUCAACUGGAACCCGGCCUUGUUCUCCCAUCGCCAAGAGCGUCAUUUUGCUUGGGAUAUCCCUACCAAAGAUUUCGCGGCGUCCUUGGUGCGAAACCCGCAAUUCUCGAUUACCUCGCCCACAGGGGGAACGGUAUGGAUCUUAUUGAGCCGUCAUUUUGCAGAUCCCGAGCUCGAAAUAGCGCGCAACAAGUCUGGUUCUCUAGCUGCCGUAGCUAGUCAACUGGGCUACAUGAGCAUUCUGGUGUUUGAUCAUCAAGGCAAAAGAGUCCAGUCCAGCGAUGGAGCGACAUACUGCGGACCUUAUGUUGACUCUCCCCAAACCCUCGCGCGGAUUGAGAGCAGGGCCGGCAAGGCAUACACUGUCGUCAUUGACCAGCAGGCGCUGCCUUUGCCCAGCUAUACUUUCUCGCUUUUUAUCUUCUCAAAUGGGCCAGUGCACGCCAAAGAGGCCGAGGAGAAGAUGACGCAUUUCACGGAACAAAGCGGUUGCUGGAAUAGACGGACGGCUGGGGGAAAUUCGUCAUGCACGACGUAUUUCCUGAAUCCUCAGUAUAAGCUGUCGGUUCCUCACGCCACCCCAAUAUCCACCCUGUUAUCUACAGGUAACCGAGAUGUCCACGUCCAUGUUGAUUUACUCUGGGCACGAGGGAAGCGUGCAAAUACCGUCAAAACGAAGGAUCUGGUUGUUUCAUCAGGAGAGUAUCGUCGUGGCUGUGCCAUCGCCGAACUGGAUAUGCUUGAAGCCGGAGACUACACUCUGGUUUGCUCAACCUUUGAAGCGCAGCAGAUGGCUGACUUUACACUUCGGAUCGGGUCUAUGACGCCAAUUACUCUAGAACCUAUACCGGCUGAUACAGCAGGAAAACUACGAACACCUAUUUCACCAUUCACUUUAGGAGGAGAGGGACAACGCUGGAGGGUACCCAUCAGCGCUUCAUGGGUAACUCGAGCCGUUGUAUCUAUUCGAAGUCUGCCACCUCUGUCGGAGACUUCAUAUCACGACACCCGCUCCUUGCCAGCUGUCAUGAUCCGUAUCUCGAUUACUGGCGGCUCAGAGUCAGAGCCCCGUAUCCUAGCGGAGUCGAGGGGAGGCUUGGAAGACUCUGGAGCCAUCAUUCGGACACCCGAAUUCGACAUUGAGCCGACGAAUCCAAGUCACGGACCGAGAUAUCUCGUCAUCGAGAGUCUAUGGGGGCACCGAGCGAUCCAGGAGCUUUGCGGGGACGUCUUUAGCGACUCUCCCAUCCAAAUUGGCGACUGGGGAGCCUAA